UUCUCAUCUCAACUUCAAUUUUCAACUCCAAACUUAAACAUCACGCACCACCCACGCACCAAAAACAAAUGGUUGGGUUCCCCUAAGCACCCUCCUCUCCCGGUUCUAGCCCACAGGCGAAUGCCGCGCCUCCCACCCUCCCUGAUCCGGCGCGCGCACCACAUCUCGCCAUACCUCGCGGCCCUGCUCCCCGCCUGCCGCGACCUAGGCUCCGCGCGGAACGAGCUGCGAUGGCUCCGUGAGCAUGUCUCGGAGCUGCUGUCGCAGUCGCGGCUCCGCAGCAGCAGCAGCAGCAGCAGCAACCAUGGCUCGCUCAACGCCUUACACUUGCAGGGAAAUUCAAGCCUGCUGAGUAGACUCUGUCGCCAACGAGGCCGUGGCACGCCGCUGCAGUACGUGCUCGGCUCGCAGCCGUUCGGCGACCUGGAGAUCAGGUGCCGCCGCGGUGUCCUGAUCCCGAGACCGGAGACUGAGGCGUGGGUUGCGCAUCUGGCGGGUGUUGUGCGUGCUGGGGUCGCGCUGGGGGGGGAUGGGGAACGUGGAGUGGAAAACGAUAAUAGCGAGGGGCUGGGGAUCCUGGAUCUGUGUACGGGCUCGGGCUGCAUCGCGCUGCUGCUGGACUCGCUCCUGCGCCGCCGGUUCCCUGGAAUGGUCACGCGCGGCUACGAUGUGAAUCCCCGGGCCGUGGGGCUCGCGAGGGAAAAUCUCGCGCGCAAUGUUGGACGCCAUGAGCUAGGUUGGAACCCCGGUCACAAAGUCUGCUUUGAACACGCAGAUAUCUUUUCUGUGGGUUUCCUUCCGUCCGUGGCUGAGGAAAUGGGAACAGUAGAUGUCCUCGUCUCGAACCCGCCGUAUAUAUCCGCCAGGGGGUUCAGCCACGACACCGCGCGCUCGGUGCGCAACUUCGAGCCGAAGCUUGCGCUGGUGCCUUCCCCGGUGAUGUUUUCUUCUUCGUCUACAAAGGAUGGGAGACCAGAGGACGUGUUCUAUGCCAGGCUCUUGGAUAUUGCAAAGGAGCUGAGCCCGAGGUUUAUGGUCUUUGAGGUCGGGGAUUUGGCGCAGGGUCUUCGCGUUGCGCGGAUGGCGAGUGAGUGGUGCAGCGAUAGUGUUGCGCACGAUGUUGAAGUGUGGAGAGAUUGGCCUGAUAUGCGGCCGGGCGAGGAUGAGGCUGAGGUCGUGGAGAUCGAUGGCGUGGACGUUCCUGUGAGAGGGAGUGGGAAUGGGAGGGCUGUGUUUAUUCGCCGUGUCGUUUGAUCUAGGUAAUUCACGCUUCAUAUCUCGGACCAGCUCUGCCGACAGAAUU